UACAUACCCCCGACCAGGUUAUCAAACGAGCCCCAUCCCUGGGCAACGUUUUUGGAGGCUCUAGCUCCAGCCCCGGACAUCCUCAUCCCCGCCAGCACCCUCAGCCGCGCCGGCUCCACGCGGCCAGCCCUCAACUCCGACGUUGAUGUUGCGCGAGACGCACAGAAUGUUCCCGUGCCCAAAUCGCCGUCGCCCGCAUUCCAGGUGACGUCCCAGGUGACGUUCGUUUACCUUCGUUUCCGACCUCGGCCUGCCUGUCCCCCUCGUCUCUGUCCCUCCUGUCGGGUGCUAUGGACGCGAUGGACACCAUAGACGACGAUGCCGGGCGCGCCGACAGGACCGCCCUCACCAGCCCGAGCCCCAAGCACUCGGCCGAGUCGUCCACCACGCCCUCGGUUGGCGGCGGCUACGGCAAGCACCCCGCCCUGAGCCCCGCCGCCGCCGCCGCCGCCGCCGCCAGCGCUGCCCAGCCCAAGCGGAAGCGCGGCCCCGGCAUUGUUACGCCCAACGCCUGUAACGAAUGCAGGAAGAAGCGGGCAAAGUGCGACGGUCUGAGGCCGUGCUCGAGGUGCAAGGCCCAGAAGGGCGUCGAGUGUGUCUACGAAGUCCCCUUGCGCCAAUCCAAGGAAGACCUCCGGGCCGAGAUCGACCAGCUCCGUCGCCAGCAGCAGAACAACGAGUCCAUCCUGUCCGCCCUGGCCGAGCCUUCGCGCUGGGAGGAGGUCCUGCAGCGUCUGCGCUCCGGCCACUCCGUCGAGAGCAUUUCCGAGUGGCUGGGCGGCACCCUCCCCUCGGGCGGCGGCGCCAUGGCGGCCCUGCCCCGUCGCGGCCCUGGCCCGGUCCCCUCGGCGAGCUCGGGCAAUAUCAACAUAGCUCCGAGGCCUCCCCGCCUCGAGACCACGGCCGCCUCGGCCCCGUCCCAACCCAGCAGCGGCCUCCGCCACGAGCUGGACCAGAACAGUCCCUGGGGCGACCCAUUGUCCCUGCAGCCAGGUAUGGGCGAGUCUCGGCACACGGAUAAUACCACUUGGAGAGAUGAGAACAGGGGCUCCUUCUCGCGCGUCAACACGUGGGUAGAGACGAUGCAACAGCAACAGCAGCAGCCACAACAGACACAUUACCGCCAGUUCGAGCCGGUCAUGGCACACGAUGUGCCCCAGGUCAAGAUCCCCGUGGAGACAUGGACGAGCCUGACGCCUGACAUAUCGCUGGUGCAGCACCUGCUGUCGCUGUACUUCUGCUGGGAGUACCCGACCUUUGCAUCGCUCAGCAAAGAGCACUUCAUCAGCGACUUCCAACAAGGACGCCCGCGCUUCUGCUCAUCCAUCCUUGUCAAUGCCCUCAUGGCCCUGGGAUGUCGCUUCUCGAGUCAGCCCAACACGCGUGCCAACCCUGACGAUCCCUACUCAUCAGGUGAUCACUUUUUCAAAGAGUGCCAGCGACUGCUCUAUGAGGAGACAUCGCACCACACGCUCACCACCAUCCAGGCCCUCGGCAUCAUGUCCAUCCGGGAGGCGAGCUGCGGUCGUGACUCGGAGAGCUGGUUCUACGCCGGCCAAAGCAUCAAGCUCGCCAUCGAGAUGGGUCUUCACAAGAUACAGGACGUGGGUGGCGAUGAGGACGAGCUGGCCGUCCAGGCGGCCACGUUUUGGGGGGCCUUUGCCCUGGAUCAUGCGUGGUCGUUGGCGACAGGCUCGCUCCCCCAGAGCUCGUCGUUUAUCAAACUACCUCCCAAGCCCAACAUCAUCGAUGAUAUCGAGGCCUCGCUGUGGAUUCCCUAUACAGACGAUGGCACGCCAUUGCAGCAGUCGUCGUGCGAGCAGCCGUCCAAUGUGCGCUCCGUCUACAAGUGCUUUUGCGAGCUCAGCGAGCUGGUGCACCAAUCGCUGUACGCCCUACAUUCGCCCGGGAAGCCAUUGGCAGCCCGCGAGCUCCUCGCUUUAUAUACCAGCUACCUCCACUGGUACGCCAACAUCCCGGAGGUGCUCAGGCUGGGGGCAAACUUUACUCCCUCGGUCCUCUUUGCACACAUGUAUUACCACUUUGCCAUACUACUCCUGUUUAGGCCACUCAUCAAACUGCGCAUAAUCGGGUCCAGUGUCAGCCCCCGCGACGUUUGCCUGCAAGCGGCCGAGGCGAUUAGCAGCCUCCUCCGAUCGUAUUCACAGCUCUACACCCUGCGGCGCACUCCCUCUUUCGUCCCUUACUUUGUGCUCACAUCGUCCAUCAUGCAUCUUGCCAUCGCGGCAACGAGAGCCCAGGAGUCAUCGGCGCCCGCGGCUGGAACCGGCGGUGCUGGCGCGGCGGCUGUCACCGGACAGGACUCUGCGGGAGACUUGGCUCAGCCACCGGAGAACAUCACGACGGAAGCCGCCGUCUCGGCCGCCAGGUCAGACCCGCAGGUUGUGCGAUCCAUCAACCAGGGAAUAGCCGAUCUCACCGAGAUGGCACCCUGCCAUCAUUUUGCGGAGCAGGCUCUCAACAUUCUGAGACACCUAGCCAAGAAAUGGAAGAUCGAGGUCAACAUAGGAUUCCAUACCAACCGCAUGAGACAGGGCGAGCGGGCGAGCAAUGACGAAAAGCAGCUGCAACGGCAGCGAGAAGAGCAACAGCGGGCGCAAGGACAGCCUCAAGGACAGGAGCAAGGACGAGAACAACAGCAGCAGCAAGAAGAACAACAACAAGCUCAGGAUCCACAAGAACCUCGUGAUCCAGCGCAGCUCCUGCGGCAACAACAAGAGGCGCUGGAGGAACAACUACAAAAGCAACAAGACGAUCUGGAUGCCGAGCAUAGCGUCCGCCCCGUCACGUCAAGCCUCAAUUUCUUCGCACCCAACGUGUCGGACCACGACUUUGUCUGCUCAUGGGGAGGAGACCAGCCGGCCGGCCAAGCAAGCUCGUCCAGCGACGCCGUCCCGGCUGCCCCCUCAGCACCGGGCAUGACGGGCACCAUGCCGGUCGCAGGGUCCGAUAUGAACCACGUCGUUGCCGCCACGUCGACGGGCCGCAUGGCGAACCCCCUCUUCUGGCCUUUCCCAAUGCAGGGGAAGCCGAUGUUGCCUACAGGCAAGGCGCUGCUGGAGGCUGGAUUUGAGUUAUUGUGA